AUGGCGUCUGAAAGAAGCAACAGUGUCUUACAGCCACAUACGACGGCGUCUGACAGAAGUUACAGAAGCGUGCAUCCGCCUACGACGGCGUCUGACAGAAGUGAAAGAGGCGUACAGUCGCCUACGACGGCGUCUGACAGAAGCAACAGUGUCUUACAGCCACCUACGACGGCGUCUGACAGAGCGUCUGAAAGAAGCAACAGUGUCUUACAGCCACCUACGACGGCGUCUGACAGCAGUAAUAGAGGCUUGCAGCCGCCUAAGACGGCGUCUGAAGGAAGUUACAGAGGCGUGCAUCCGCCUACGACGGCGUCUGAAGGAAGUUACAGAAGCAUACAGCCACCUACGACGGCGUCUGACAGAAGUGACAGAGGCGUACAGUCGCCUACGACGGCGUCUGAAAGAAGCAACAGCGUCUUACAGCCACCUACAACGGCGUCUGAAAGAAGCAACAGUGUCUUACAGCCACAUACGACGGCGUCUGACAGAAGUAAUAGAGGCGUGCAGCCGCCUACGACGGCUUCGGACAGAAGUUACAGAGGCGUGCAUCCGCCUACGACGGCAUCUGACAGAAGUGACAGAGGCGUACAGUCGCCUACGACGGCGUCUGAGAAAAGCAACAGUGUCUACAACCACCUACAACGGCGUCUGACAGCAGUAAUAGAGGCGUGCUGCCGCCUACGACGGGGUCUGACAGAAGUUACAGAAGCGUGCAUCCGCCUACGACGGCGUCUGACAGCAGGAAUAGAGGCGUGCUGCCGCCUACGACGGCGUCUUACAGAAGAUACAGAAGCGUACAGCCACCAGCGACGGCGUCUGACAGAAGUUACAGAAGCGUGCAUCCGCCCACGACGGCGUCUGACAGAAGUGACAGAGGCAUACAGUCUCCUACGACGGCGUCUGAAAAAAGCAACAGUGUCUUACAGCCGCCUACGACGGCGUCUGACAGCAGUAAUAGAGGCGUGCAGCCACCUACGACGGCGUCUGACAGAAGUGACAGAGGCGUACAGCCGCCUACGACGGCGUCUGACAGAAGUAAUAGAGGCGUGCAGCCCUCUACGACGGCUUCGAACAGAAGUUACAGAGGCGUGCAUCCGCCUACGAAGGCGGCUGACAGAAGUGACAGAGGCAUACAGCCGCCUACGACGGCGUCUGACAGCAGUAAUAGAGGCGUGCUGCCGCCUAAGACGGCGUCUGACAGAAGUAAUAGAGGCGUGCAGCCCACUACGACGGCUUCGGACAGAAGUUACAGAGGCGUGCCUCCGCCUACGACGGCGUCUGACAGAAGUAAUAGAGGCGUGCAGCCCUCUACGACGGCUUCGAACAGAAGUUACAGAGGCGUGCAUCCGCCUACGACGGCAUCUGACAGAAGUGACAGAGGCGUACUCUGAAAGAAGCAACAGUGUCUUACAGCCGCCUACGACGGCGUCUGAAAAAAGCAACAGUGUCUUACAGCCGCCUACAACGGCGUCUGACAGAAAAGGGACAGAGGCGUACAGUCGCCUACGACGGCGUCUGACAGAAGCAACAGUGUCUUACAGCCACAUACAACAGCGUCUAAAAGAAGCAACAGUGUCUUACAGCCACCUACGACGGCGUCUGACAGCAGUAAUAGAAGCUUGCAGCCGCCUAAGACGGCGUCUGACAGAAGUUACAGAGGCGUGCAUCCGCCUACGACGGCGUCUGAAGGAAGUUACAGAAGCAUACAGCCACCUACGACGGCGUCUGACAGAAGUGACAGAGGCGUACAGCCGCCUACGACGGCGUCUGAAAGAAGCAACAGUGUCUUACAGCCACCUACAACGGCGUCUGACAGCAGUAAUAGAGGCGUGCAGCCGCCUACGACGGCGUCUGACAGAAGUUACAGAGGCGUACAGCCGCCUACGACGGCGUCUGACAGAAGAUACAGAAGCGUACAGCCACCAACGACGGCGUCUGACAGAAGUUACGGAGGCGUCCGUCAACUACGACGGCGUCUGA